AUGGCGUUCCUGUUUGAUAAAUUUGAACAACAGGGUGACCAGGACCUUCGCCUUGACUUUUUCUUUACCACGCGGGGCACAGAGAUGCAACGUACACCAUUGGGGAUGUUUAGAUCUUUGCUGCGCCAGAUUUUCACCUGCGAUAUUAGUGUGCGCCCUAAAUUGUGUGAGAUCCUUGAGCAAAGAUCUAUGCAAUUUGGAGAAGCCAAGUGGGAAUGGCCACGAGUGGUGCUAGAAAAGCUACUAGCAGAUAUCAUCCUGGAAUCUGCGAGUCGACAGCAUGUGACUGUCUUCAUUGAUGCACUUGAUGAGGCUGGGGCUGAGUCUGCUCAGCAGCUAGCAGCAUAUUUCCAUCGGAUUAUUGACCGUGCGGGCGAAAGGGCCGUUCAUGUGUGUAUCUCAUGUCGACACUAUCCCAUCGCGAGAAGUGCCCGACCUAUCGACGUACACAUGGAAAACCAUAAUCAUGAUGAUAUUGCCGCGUAUAUCAGGAAUAAUCUUACUGAAACUGAUACUGGAGACAGUUCCAGUAAAGAUUCAGAGACAGAGCAGUUACUACUGGCAGAACAACUGAUUCAGCAAGCAAAUGGCUCUUUCCAAUGGGCCCAUCUCGUCAUACCUCUUGCUCAGCGGAAGGUCUUCGAAGGCGAAUCGCUUAAAGAUAUUCAGUGCUGGCUAAAAGAGGUCCCAGAUGAUCUGGAGGAAACGCAUACAUAUAUCCUCUGCAGCGUGAUAGAGACGAGGAAUCGGCAGCAGUCAUAUUUAUUGUUUCUGUGGAUUUGCCUGGCUGAGCGACCACUAUCAGUCACAGAAAUUCGGUAUGCCUUGAAUGUUAGUAGUAAUGCACAAGUGACGCACCCUAGCAGUUCAAAGCCAUGGGAGAUGGCUGGCGGUCAUGUCGAAAGCGAUGAACGGAUGAAACGAAGAAUCAAGGCGCUCUCCGGGGGACUCGCCGAAGUUCUUCUAAGUGGAGAUGACAUUGAAACCAUACAGGUAGUGCACCGGUCAGUCAGUUAUUUUCUACACACAAAAGGACUAGGGCUUUGGUUUUCCAUGAUUAAUACCGGCAAAUGGCAUGUGGUUGGCGAUUCGGCGAAUGUUCUUCAAUGUCAGGGUAUUCUCUACCAAUCAUGUCUGGCUUAUCUAGCCGAAGUUCCUUUACCACAAGAAAGAAGUCACCAAACCAAUUACAAAUACGACAUCAUCGAUGGGUCCAAUAUUACAAAAUGCUCGAUCCAUACAACGCAGCAUGUCCGCCACAUAACACAGGUCAUCCAUGUGGCGGCAGCUAUAGGCUCCUCUGAUUCCAUUGAAUCAUUGAGCGAUGGAGACAUUGCGAUGACGGAUGAUCACGGAAAUACCGCACUCUAUUUAGCAGCACAAAGGGGCCAUAUUGUGACGGGUGAAACACUGCUAGAAAGGGAGCAGACAGCGAAGCAAAUAACAAAGGUGGAAGAACACCAUUACUUGAGGCAGCUGGCUAUGGACAGCUGGGAUUUGUUGAGUGGCUCUUCCAAGCGGGAAUCGAGCUUGAACCAUUGA